UCAGUGUUGUUCUUAAUCUCUUGUGUCUGCCUCUCCACUUUUAUCCGAGGGAAUUACUAAAUUCUGACUUGAGGUGUCAUCAAAAACUGUGCAAGCAUGUACUGUGCGUACCCAGUACCUGGGGUUGGAAAUAAUUCCUUGAUGUACUUCUGUAAUGGCAAGACUGUGUAUGCCCAGACACAGAAUUCUGAUGAGUACAGGGAGAAUUCCAGUUUUCCAUCCCCCAAAGCACCUGGCAGCAUGUUCUCCAGCUCUUUCUUAUUGCCAGAUGGACAUCACAACACAUCGGAACUGUGGACUCCAUCGGGUGGGAUCAGCCAAGCCAACUACGGGGCAGUUCCAGCUGGGGCUACGCCCCACAUGAGCCAGGCGAAUGGUUACAGCAACCUUCACCCUCACGAGCGGCUGCCCUACUCUCCAGCGGAGGUGAAUGCUACUCUUCCUCCUGUGGCCAGUUUUCACCGUAGCAGCACCAGCUCGACCCCGUUUGCCACAUCCUCGCACACCCCGCCCUUAAACAGUUCGGAAAGCCUGAUGGGGAGCAGAGGGACCACAGCUGGAAGCUCGCAGACUGGCGACGCUCUGGGCAAGGCCCUGGCAUCGAUUUAUUCACCUGAUCACACCAGUAACAACUACACAUCGAAUCCAUCCACACCUGUGGGCUCCCCACCAUCUCUGACAGGUUCUGCUCAGUGGCCCAGACCUGGAGGGCAGACAACUGCUUCCCCAAACUAUGAGAAUACCUUGCACUCACUGAAAAACCCAGCCGAGCGGCAGCUUAAGGAGCAUUUACAUGACGCAAUCUCUGUGUUAAUGGAUGUAUGCGAGCAAAGCAGGAUGGAGGAUCGACUGGACAGGUUAGACGAUGCCAUCCACAUCCUGCGCAACCAUGCUGUGGGGCCCUCGUCCAGUUUGCCCAGCAGUCAUGGAGACCUGCAUGGCCUGCUUGGCCCAUCGGCGCACAGCGGGCUGGUCGCAGCCUUGGGCUCGGGCUACUCUGCGCCCAACCUGGGGCCUUCGGCUCGGGCAACGUCAAUGGCAGCCACUCAUCGGGAUGAUGCAACAAAUGUCCACUCUAGUUUGACAGGCCUGCCCAGUGUGGUGUCUGCAGCUCUUGCAGCAGCAGGACUCAACCACCAGGCUCAGGAUGUGUGUCGAGCUGCUUUCACAUCAGGAGCUCAGGCACUCUCUUCCACCAUCUCCACAGAAGCCAAAGGAGAUGAGAAGGAGAAGGAGAACAGCUUGAGCUCCCAGAUGGAAGAUGACUUGUCUGAGGACGAUGAAGGCGAGGAUCACAGGAAAGACAAAUCAGGACGCAGCCGAUCAAGCAAUCAUGAGGAUGAUGACUUGAAUCCAGAGCAGAAGGCUGAGCGAGAGAAGGACCGGAGGAUGGCAAACAAUGCCCGUGAGCGCCUCCGUGUACGGGACAUCAACGAGGCAUUUAAGGAGCUGGGGCGGAUGUGUCAGCUGCACAUGAAGAAUGAUAAACCACAGACGAAGCUUCUGAUCCUCCAUCAGGCUGUCUCUGUGAUUCUGGGGCUGGAGCAACAAGUCAGAGAGCGGAAUCUAAAUCCCAAAGCUGCAUGCCUUAAGAGAAGAGAAGAGGAGAAGAUUUCCAAUGUCGAAUCCACAUCUGCACAUCUGGUAGUUCAUCAGGGGCUUGGUGACGCUGCUAACCCCAUGGGUCAUAUGUGAAGCAGGGCAGCAAUCACAAGUGGUCUUCAUGAAUUUAAAGGAGGAUUUGGGGCCCCCUCCAUUUUGACUGGAUUUUGCAUAAGAUUCUGUUGGAACAAGACACAAAUCUUCUGAGCAAGGAACAUCCCAGAUUCAGUUUUGUGAAUGUCGGGGGGAUCCAAAGCAGAGCUCUAGGGAUACUGUUUCCAUACAUCCCACAGCUGCCCUUGUUACCUUUCCAAUUAACGUGCCUGCAGUUGGAUUAAUCAACUGAAGAGUUGUUGGAGGAUAUGUCUUUUUAAUUUAUCAUCCUUUUUUUGUUGUUUUAAAAAGAAUUGUUUUCUUUCGAGGUUUUAAGAAAAUUGUCGUCUUAAUCCAGGGGUUCAAAAAGAAAGUUCUUCUUAGCACUUGAUUAAUAUCCAGAGUUGAGAGCAGGAGGAAG